AUGGUAAAUGUUCUCAUUGUCUUGUUGCUAAAUGCGAGCUGGUUGGUUGUCGCCUUCGGUGAUCCUCGAGUCAUGAUCGAGUCAACGUAUACGGACACGAAAGGACUAAAUGAUCUCGCAAAGACCGCAUGGCAGAAUAAAGGAGGAAAGUAUAUGGGUACGGCUACCGAUGUCAAGCAGUUAGCAGAUCCUUACUACAAAGCGCAGCUCAAAGACACCAGUGAUUUUGGAAUGAUCACUCCAAUAAACGCUAUGACGUGGUUGGUCACGGAGCAAAAGCAAGGCACAUUUUCAUUUAAAGAUGCCGAUCAAAUCGUUGCUUUUGCCAACAAGACAGGAGCUCGAGUUCACUGUCACGCACUAGUUUCGCACAAACAAGUUCCUCAAUGGGUUCAAGUUCUUGAGAAGGCCGAGCUACUAAAGGCUAUGGUGAAUCACAUCACAAAUGUCAUGACCCACUUUGGAAACUCCUGUAUCGCUUGGGAUGUUGUGAGUGAGGUUUUUGAAGAAAAUGGCUCAUACCGUCAAUCCUUUUGGUACAAAAAGACUGGCAAGGAGUACAUUUCGACUGCAUUCACGACUGCAAAUAAAGUCAAGAGUGAUCUCAAACUCAAAACUAGACUGUACUACGACGAUUUCAACAUCAAUGUCGUAAACAACAAAUCGGAUGCUGUCUUGGCAAUGGCAACAGAUUUAAGAAGCCACAAGAUUUGGGUCGAAGGGAUUGGAUUUCAAUCUCACUACAGCAACAACGCCACAGUCGCCGGAGCAAAGAUUUAUGAAAAUCUCAGCCGGUUUACUAUAAAAAACAUGGACGUCGCAAUUACGCAACUUGACGUGAAGACGAGCACAGCGAAUCCUACCGUAAAAGAGCAGCAACAGCAAGUUAAUAUCAUCACUAAUGUCGUAUCAGCGUGCAAGAAAGCCAUGAGAUGCGUUGGCGUGACGGUUUCGGACUUUGUGGAUACCUAUUCGUGGAUCAAUUCUUCGGCUCCAGUACUUUUUUAUCAACCAGAAGGACCUGGUACGUCGCUUGUGCGGAAAGCUACGUAUGAUGCUGUUACCAUGGGGUGGAUUCUCUAA